AUGGGCGUGACCCACUCUCCUGAAAUUUCUGCGGUAGAUGAGCGCGAUGAAGCGCUUGAUGGUGCGCAAAGUCGCGAGCGCUUAUCGUGGAGGAAGCAGGCCGUCAUUGAUCUAAAGCCUUCAUGGCAUCGCGAUACGUACAUCGGAGCGCUUCUGUUCAACACCUGCACUUUCAUCUUGCCAGCCCUCUACGGCACCUUGUCGAAGUUAUGGGUUGCCAAUAUCGACUCCUCAAUGGUUGUCACAACCGACACGUAUACGUACAUCGGCGUAGUAGCAGAAGUCUUGAACGAAGGGUUACCGCGCGCUUCGUAUCUCGUCAUCGGCGACAAGGCCAGUCGUGGCUUCCGUGAGCGACUGCAGCUCACCCAUACCCUCGUCCUCUUCCAGUCACUUCUCGGUCUUAUAAUGAGCAUUGGCUUCGUUGCAGGCGCUUCUACAUUCGCAAAAGGUUUCGUCCCUGUCGAAGUGAGAGAUGUGAGUGUUACAUACGUUCGCAUCUCUGCGUUCUCUGCAUUCAGCUCGGCAGUCGAGUAUGCGGUCAGCGCUUCAACCCGCGCGCUCGACAAGCCUGAUGUUCCACUCAUCAUAAGCUCGGUCAAGUUCGCAGUCAACAUCAUUCUCGACUUGAUCAUCAUCUCCAAGUUCCACGUCGGAAGCAUCACACCUACGGUAAACAUGCAGGCUGGCAUCUCACUGGCUUGCAACCUCACUUCUGCGUUUGCGGGACUGGUGUACUUUGUCUACACAACGACCGUGAGCUCCAAAUCUCCACUUCAUCACGAUACAUCCAGCCGGAAAACAAUCCCGUCGUUACCAGCAUUGGUCACACUCGCAAGGCCAGGAGCGAUCUUCUUCUCUGAAUCCGCCAUCCGUAAUGCGCUAUACCUCUGGCUGGUACAUGGUAUUGUCGGUUUGGGCAGCGAUUACGCAACUGCUUGGGGCGUCUUUUCUACUAUUCGGUGGGGUCUGAUUAUGGUACCAGUAAUGGCACUCGAAGCCACAACCCUGACCUUUGUUGGCCACUCAUGGGGAGCUUUGCGUGCAAGUAUCGUGGGUGUCUCACGGUCCGCAAAGUCACAGGUUACACGCCGGCAACUAUGGAACGUGAUCCGCUGGGCUCUCUACUCCGUCGUCAUCGUAUUGAUGGUUGAGAUCCCACUCUGUCUCAUCAUGUCCUUUGCUGGUGCCGAGCCUUUUGCACGAUACCUCUCGGGUUCUGAAGAGGUCGCCCGUAUAACCGCUCGCAUGUGGCGCACCAUCGACUGGUGUUACAUUAUGUACGGUGUGUCGACACAGCUAGCUGCGAUUCUGGUAUCGACGCGCCCGACCUGGUAUCUCUACCAAUCUCUUGCAUCGAAUAUACUGUACGUCUUGCCAUGGGCGAUCGCAUGUCAAGUGGUUGAUCUAAAUGUAGGAGAUGCUUGGACAUAUCACAGUCUGGUGUUUGGUGGAAGUCUGGUUUUCUCGUUCUUCACCAUCAUUGUAGUUGAUGGAGUUUGGGCGCUUCGGCUAUUGAAGGGAAGGAUGGGUAUCAAUAAGACGUAG